AUGGUAUCUGAUUCCAAAGCAUUCUUCGAGGCUGUCGAGAACCGACGAUCAUACUACAGUCUCACUAAAGAAUCACCCUUAUCCAACGAUCAGUUGAAAGAACUGGUCGAAAAAGCAGUCAAGUUCGCUCCUACCAGUUUCAACGGUCAACAAUCUCGAGCUGUCCUCGUGACUGGGAAGAAACAUGAGGAAGUUUGGGAUGCUGUUUUGAAAGCUUAUAUAGGUACUUUGGGUGGUGAUAAACAACAAGAAGCUUUUUGGACCGAUAAGAUAAACACCCAGUACAAAGCGGGAUACGGAACUGUACUUUUCUUCGAAGAUCAAGAUGUCAUUAAUGCUUUCUCAGGUAAAAUGCCAUACUUAUCUCAACACUUCCCCAUCUGGUCUGAGAACUCUGCCGGUAUCUUACAAUACAUCGUAUGGACCGCUCUCGAAGCUGAGGGAUACGGUGCUUCUCUCCAGCACUUCGGAGGUUUCGUCCCUCAAGUCCAAACAGAACUUACGAACCUUCUCGACGUAUCUGCUCAAUGGAAGAGCACCGCCAUCCUCCCAUUCGGUAAACCCGCUGGACCACCCGGUCAACCUGGUAAACCAGCCAAGGAAUUCGAACCUCUCGAGAAGAGGACCAAAUUCUUCUUUGACUAA